AUGAUCAAGCGUAUGAUCUUGUCAGAUCGUAUAAAAUCUUGUGACUUCUUAUAAGGUCGUAUAAUUUCUUAUACCUUCUUUGUGUAAGAUCUUAUAAGAUCAUACAAGAUCUUGUACAUUCCUACGAUAAAAAAAAUCUUAUAAGAAUCUUGCUACAAGAUGUCAUAUGAAAUCUUGUAAGAUCUUAUAGGAAAUUGAUAAGAUCUUUUGAAAUCUUAUGAUUUCUUAUUAUCCGAUCACCCAAGAUCGUUUAUGAUCUUGUAAGAUCUUGUUAUCUAAUCCUUGAACCUGGGAAUAGGUCACAGAGAGCUGAGCGGCGUUUCAUUCGACAGAGAACACUUAACUAUUUAUUGUAGCAUAUUUAACUUGAAAGUCGAAAGCCUUAAUUAAAGAGAGAGAGGAGUUGUUAGCUUACUCUCGGAAGGAAAUAUCUAAAAGCUGCUCCUGUCUGCUAGGAGGGGAGUGAGGAACAUUGAAACCACGAAUAAAUGUGGCUUACCAUAACCAGAAUACAUAAAAAUAUAUAAAGUAGUAAAUAGUGAAAAUAUGCGAUCGACGAGUUAGAUGUGUACGUGUGUUUUUAUCAAAGACGAGAAAAAACAAGAACAGAAUUAAAACAGUUUAUAUAAUACAUCACACAAAAGGAAGAUUAAGAUCUCUUUGUUUUUCUUUUUCCUUUUUAAAAACACGAGGUCGACAAGGUAAAGAUGACUAAUGGAAGAAGAACGAGAAAGGAGUAUGAUCAAUCGCCAUGUGGACUAAUAGAAAGGAACACUGCCCCCAUAGUGUCAAAGUCAGCGACAUCAGCAUGGUAGAGCUAAGACCGCCCUCCUUGCCAAGGAUGUGUCAUCCAUCCUGCUAGGUGAUUCUUCGAGAACGUACCACAUUUACAUCGACCAAAUAAAAUCGAACGUAUCAAAAAACAGAAUUAAUUGAUUUUUCUAACUUUACUGAAAUUUUACAUAAAAAAGCUUAUCUUGAUCCCAAUAAACGGACCCAUUACACGUGAAGUAAUCCGAUAUUGUUGACCCGAUCUUCGCGUUAUAAUGUGGAUCAAGACCGAGCUAAUUGAGCUAUUAAUAUCGACAUAAGUCAACCGUCCAAAAGUCGCCUAUCAAAGGGUUAAACAAGUGUUAUAUCAUCAUUAGAUACUAUGUGAAAAAACACCAUAUCCACAGAAUGGUGAAUUACUCGUGAGAUUUAAAACGACUGAACAAGCUAAAACCGCCAAUGUUGAUUUACCACACGAUGCAUUCAGUGGAGGAAAAUUAUAA